AGUAAAAAAUUUCGUAUUCUGUGUGUGUCUAUCCUUCGCUCCUUCGUUCCCCCCGUUCCGUUUCUCGUUGAACGUAAACGAAGAACGUGGACGGAAAUAGAUUGAAGAGAAGACAGAUGAGAUUAAUGAUUCUGUAAAAUCUAGGGUUUUGGAUGUCUUCUUCUGCAAUUCGGAUUUGGUUUUUCAUUUGUGGUUGAAUUUAUGUUCGUUAAUGGCGACUCCGUUGACAACGGGUCUUCAACGCAGAGAUGGAGGUCUAGCUAUAAUGACCGGACUUGUAAAUCCGGUGGAUCCUUCUUCUUCUAAACCUUGCUUGAAGAAUUGUGCUCAGAAAUCUCCAAUCCUUAUCUUUCUCUUCUUCCAUAAAGCAAUCCGGUCAGAACUCGAUGGGCUGCACCGAGCUGCUAUGGCGUUUGCAACUGACCAGGACGGUGACAUCGGACAGUUGUUCGAGCGUUGUCACUUUCUUCGGGCAAUCUAUAAGCAUCACUGCAAUGCCGAAGAUGAGGUCAUUUUUCCGGCUCUUGAUAUACGUGUGAAGAAUGUAGCACGGACAUACUCCCUUGAGCACAAGGGAGAAAGCGAUCUUUUUGAUCAGUUGUUUGAGCUGCUAAGUUCGAAGUCAAAAAAUGAUGAAAGCUUUUGGGGAGAGUUAGCCUGUUGCACAAGAGCCCUUCAAACAUCAGUUAGUCAGCACAUGUCAAAGGAAGAGGAGCAGGUCUUCCCCUUGCUCAUUGAGAAGUUCUCAUUUGAGGAGCAGGCUUCAUUAGUCUGGCAAUUUUUGUGCAGUAUCCCUGUGAAUAUGAUGGCAGAAUUCCUUCCCUGGCUUUCAUUUUCCAUUUCAUCCGAUGAGCAUCAAAAUAUGCUGAAGUGCUUGUGCAAGAUAGUCCCAGAAGAGAAGCUUCUGCAACAAGUUAUAUUUACAUGGAUGGAAGGGAAAAAGGUGUCCGGUAUUCAUAAAAACUGUGAAGAUGAUUCUCAGCUUCAGCGUUCUGUAGAUUCUGAGGUAGGCAUAUCAAUUGAUCAGACUGAGCAAGGAUCCUGUGCAUGUGGAUCUUCCAAGAUUGGGAAAAGAAAAUAUUUGGAUUCAAACAGUGAAGUUACUGAUUCUACUGAUGUCCAUCCAAUAAAUGAAAUAUUGCUUUGGCAUAAUGCUAUAAAAAAAGAGUUAAAUGAUAUAGCAGAGGAGGCUAGGAAGAUACAACUUUUUGGAGAUUUUUCUGAUCUAUCAGCUUUCAAUGAGAGGCUGCAAUUUAUUGCUGAAGUUUGCAUCUUUCAUAGUAUUGCUGAGGACAAGGUUAUAUUCCCUGCGGUGGAUGGAGAACUCUCUUUUGCUCAGGAGCACGCUGAAGAAGCAAGUCAGUUUAAUAAGUUUAGGUGUUUGAUAGAAAGCAUACAAAGUGCUGGUGCCACCUCAACUUCAGCCGAGUUCUACACAAAGCUGUGUGCACAUGCUGAUCACAUAAUGGAUACCAUACAAAAGCACUUCUACAAUGAGGAAGUACAGGUCAUUCCACUUGCUCGAAAGCAUUAUAGCCCCCAAAAGCAGAGAGAGCUUAUGUACCAGAGUCUCUGUGUGAUGCCCUUGAAAUUGGUAGAGUGCAUCUUACCAUGGCUUGUAGGAUCGCUAAGUGAAGUGGAAGCAAGAUCAUUUCUUCGAAAUAUGCAUUUGGCAGCACCGGCAUCUGAUACAGCAUUGGUAACACUUUUCUCUGGUUGGGCAUGCAAGGGUCGUUCAGAGGAUGUUUGUCUGUAUUCAAGUGCAAUUGGUUGCUGUCCUGGAAAAAAGUUCACUGAAACUGAAGAAGACCUCAGUCAGCCAUGCUGUGCAUGUGCCUCUACAUUUUCUACCAAGGGGGAACCAGUAUUGAAUCGCUCAGAUGAUGACCAGAGACCUGUUAAACGUGGCAAUUUCUCAGGAUCAUGCAAAAAUAAUGAAAUUGUAAAUAACCGUAAACCAUCUGGUUGUAAUCAGGCUUGUUGUGUCCCUGGUUUGGGAGUUACCAAUGGCAACCGGGGAGUAAGUUCUCUUACAGCAACGAAGUCUAGGCUUUCCUUGUCUGGCAGUCCUGCUCCAUCUCUUAAUUCCAGUCUUUUUGUUUGGGAAACAGAUAAUAACUCUUCUGAUAUUGCUUACACAUCACGACCUAUUGAUAACAUUUUCAAAUUUCAUAAAGCUAUUCUCAAGGAUUUGGAAUAUUUAGAUGUUGAAUCUGGCAAGCUUAAUGGUUGCAAUGAGACAUUUCUUCGGCAAUUUAGUGGAAGAUUUCGUUUACUGUGGGGUCUUUACAGAGCUCAUAGCAAUGCUGAGGAUGAGAUAGUCUUCCCAGCUUUGGAAUCCAAAGAGGCUCUACAUAAUGUGAGUCACUCGUAUACACUGGACCACAAACAGGAAGAAAAACUGUUUGAGGAUAUCUCAUCAGUUCUUUCUGAGCUUUCACAGCUUCAUGAAUCCUUGAGCAGGACCAAUAUAUCUGAGGAUUCAAGUAGAAGGAACUCUGAUUCUUCUGCUGAUCUGGGUUCUGAUUUUAUUCGAAAACACAAUGAGCUUGCAAGGAAGCUUCAAGGCAUGUGCAAAUCCAUAAGAGUUUCACUGGACCAACAUGUUUUUAGGGAAGAACUUGAGCUAUGGCCAUUGUUUGACAGGCACUUUUCUGUGGAGGAACAGGAAAAAAUUGUUGGCCGCAUUAUUGGAACUACAGGUGCAGAGGUGCUCCAGUCAAUGUUACCGUGGGUAACUUCAGCACUUAAUCAAGAAGAGCAGAAUAAAAUGAUGGACACUUGGAAGCAGGCAACAAAAAACACAAUGUUCAGUGAGUGGCUUAAUGAAUGGUGGGAAGGAACUCCUGUGGCAUCUCAGCUGAAAGAAAAAUCGGAGAUUAGCAUUUCUCAACAAGGCGCUGAUAUGCAAGAAAGCUUUGACCGGAGUGAUCAGAUGUUCAAGCCUGGAUGGAAAGAUAUUUUUCGGAUGAAUCAAAGUGAACUCGAGGCAGAGAUAAGGAAGGUUUCUCGAGACUCGACGCUUGAUCCAAGGAGGAAAGCGUAUCUUAUUCAAAACCUUAUGACUAGUCGAUGGAUAGCAGCUCAGCAGAAGUUACCUCAAACAAGAACAGGGGAAGGUCUGAAUGGUGAAGAUGUGCCUGGAUGCUCAUCAUCAUUUCGGGAUCCAGAGAAACAAGUUUUUGGGUGUGAGCAUUACAAAAGAAACUGCAAACUCCUCGCUGCUUGCUGCGGAAAGUUAUUUACAUGCAGAUUCUGCCAUGAUAAAGUCAGUGAUCAUUCAAUGGAUAGGAAAGCAACAUCAGAAAUGAUGUGUAUGUGCUGCCUGAAGAUUCAGCCAGUUGGAGCAAUUUGCUCAACGCCAUCCUGCAAUGGACUUUCAAUGGCAAAACACUAUUGCAAUAUCUGCAAACUUUUUGAUGAUGAAAGGACAGUAUACCAUUGCCCCUUUUGCAAUUUAUGCCGUGUUGGGAAGGGACUUGGCAUCGACUUCUUUCAUUGCAUGACAUGCAAUUGUUGCUUGGGGAUGUCGUUAGUGGACCACAAGUGUCGAGAGAAAGGUCUGGAAACAAACUGCCCCAUCUGCUGUGAUUUUUUAUUCACAUCAAGGGAAACAGUCAGAGCUCUUCCAUGUGGCCACUUCAUGCAUUCAGCUUGCUUCAAGGCGUAUACUUGCAGUCACUACACUUGUCCGAUAUGUAGCAAGUCUUUGGGGGAUAUGGCGGUUUAUUUUGGCAUGCUUGAUGCUUUGUUGGCUGCCGAAGAGCUUCCAGAAGAAUACAAAGAUCAUUGUCAGGAUAUUCUGUGUAAUGACUGUGGUAAAAAGGGUACAUCACACUUUCACUGGUUGUAUCAUAAGUGUGGAUUUUGUGGAUCAUACAACACCCGCGUAAUCAAAAGCGAUUCAGCAAAUUCCAACUGCUCAACAUCAAAUUAGUGUGUGGAUCUGGGCUGAAUGGUUUACGUGGUUUUCUCAGAGGUUGUUUGAGGUGUGUAAAUAUUCUUACCACCACCAGCAACAUGGCUGAGUUUUGUAAAGUUCGUUACACUUAACACAGUCAAAUUAUUUUUUUCCCCUCAUGUUUAGCAAAGCUACCAGGAGCCAUAUCACCUGAGGUAGUUUUAUUUCUGUUUUAGUUUCAUGUAAAAAUGAAGCUGGUAGGAAUCACAAUCAAAAAACCAUGGCAUUUACGCCAGGCAAUUGAUUCAUAUAGCUUCUGAUUCAAUUUGCUUUUAAUUCCAACCAUGGUGGGAUUUAUAUGUUCCACACUUAUGCCAUGUAUGCUUUGAUUCA